AUGGUGGUGUAUCAUAACACGGAUGCGAAUUGGAAAACACACAAGCUAAUCCAUGAUAUCGCAACUCCUCGCCAGCCUCGCCUAGACGACCCCAACAUCAACAAAAAUGGGACGUUCAACCCCUUCGGCAGCUUCAGCUUCACGGGAGAUCUGCGUCCGGUAUAUCCUCUGACUCCAAGACGUGAAGUUCCCGAACACAUUGUGAGGCCUGAUUAUGCUGAAGAUGGGAUACCGACGUCGGAGAGCAGACGGGCCGGCCAACCUCCGAAAAUCCUGACCGAGGAGGAACAGGAGAAGAUGAGGACUGUCUGCAGACUAGCGCGUGAAGUGCUUGACACUGCUGCAUCCCACAUAAAACCUGGCAUCACCACUGACGAGAUUGAUGCGAUUGUGCAUAAUGCUACGAUUGAGCGCAACGCCUAUCCAUCUCCGCUGAAUUAUCGUGGCUUCCCGAAGUCUGUUUGCACAUCUCUCAACGAGGUAAUUUGUCAUGGUAUUCCCGAUCAGCGGAGGUUGCAGGAAGGGGACAUCAUAAACAUUGAUGUAACAGUUUUCUACGAUGGAUUUCACGGCGAUCUCAAUGAAACAUACCCUGUCGGUAGAGUAGACGAUGAUUCCAAAAAGCUCAUGCGCACAGCCCGUCGAUGUCUCGACGAAGCCAUCGCGCUCUGCAAACCAGGGGCUCUCUUCCGCGACCUAGGCAAGACGAUCGAGCCAAUUGCACGCGGGAACAACUGCGCGGUCGUGCGCACGUACUGCGGGCACGGCAUCAACGACCUCUUCCACCCAACUGCCCCCAACGUUCCGCACUAUGCCAAAAACAGGGCCAUCGGGACGAUGAAGCCAGGCAUGACCUUCACCAUCGAGCCGAUGGUCAACUUAGGACAUAACUGGGACCUGGUGCAUUGGCCAGAUGACUGGACUGCGACCACCGUUGAUGGCAGACGAAGUGCGCAGUUUGAAGAAACACUACUAAUCACGGAAUCCGGUGUGGAGAUCUUGACUGCGGGAAAGAAGAGGGAAGAUUUGUAUGACUAG